AUGGAAGACAUGGCUAAUCAAUACAUCAACUGACUUUAACUGAUUGUAAUGGAAUCUUAAUGCGACAUCAAUCUUGUCUGUUUUGAAAAAAAACUGCCGCCAAAUUACACCAAUCUGGCCUGUGUAUGUGACUCUAGGGAACUAUACAGCAGCAGGGAAAUAAUUUAUCAUGAUGGGCCAGAAAGUGCAUAACUUACGGUUUUUAGCCUGCGGGCUUCUAGAUCUCCACUCAAAGUGCGGUGGUACUUUGGUGUGUAAGCAGAUAGUUAUAGGGAGAAAGAUUAACUGCUUCUGCGUUCUAAAGGAACACGUUCCUAAGAAGAGCAUCCAAUAUUUCCUUUGAAAAAAGAAUGUCAUCACUACUGAAAGAGGAUUUAGAGAAAAAGCUGUUUAAAUUGGAAGGACACAAAUUGUAUGAGUUCAUUGAAAUAGAAUAUUCAGGAAAGGAAAGACACUAUCUUUGUGUAUCAGUGCCUAAAAAUCGAGAAGUUCAAAUAUCAGUAGUGAAACAUUACAGAAUCUCACUGGAUGACAAAUAUGAGAAACUUAAAACAUGGCUGUUGAAGGAUUUGGAAAUGAUUGAUGGAAAGGAAGCUGAUGCAGAUAAUUCGUAUUUUGAUAUGCAGUUUGACAAAAUUUGCACAUUUGAAGCUUACAGCUGUGCAUCCAAGUAUUCAUUUACUCGAUGUCUAAUCAAUCUCAACAAAACUUACUAUAAGAAGGAAAUUAAAAUUGUGAACUUUGAUGAUACCUACAUUGAUGAUGGAAUGCUGGAGUCAAAUAAAGGUGACUGCAUGGUAUUGCUGAGGGUGUGCUUCUACGCUUUUAACCUUGUGUGCCUGUCCCUCUGCCCUGUACCGUAA